GCUACGCUGUCAGAUGUAAACAAAGUGCUGUAGCCUUCUCCAAGCAGCCAAAUAAACCAUAUUUGAUUACUUUAUUUCGCAGGGAUAAUGGCUUAAUCUUACGGAAUCAUUUGCAGCAACAGAGGUCCCAUGUUGUCAUUGUGUAUAAAUGUCUGCUUUGGCAAUUAUUAUCAGGGUUGGCGUGUCAAAUCGCAUACCUUGCACGUCAACGCGGGGGACAACAAUCUUUAACGCUUUCAAGCAUAACAUCCACGGAAACCUGUUAGGAUGAAUUUGAUACAUAUCCGUUUCAAUUGCGAUCUUCAAUCUGUUAAAAUAACUCGUUUGGUUAACUAUUUUGAUUAGUUGUUCAGUAAAGUAAACUUGGACAUCGGACUGUCACGUGACCCAGAUAGCCUCUCGCUCAAAAAAUGGUUUCAAAUCUGUAUUUGCAUUUCUUGACCGUACGAAAAUGAAGUUCUCGCAACUUUUUGGGCGACUUAAAUCUGUAGUUAUUGGAAUGAUUCAUGUCCAAGCCAUGCCAGGUACGCCUUUGAAUAAGAUGAACAUUUCCCAAAUUACCUAUGAGGCAUGCAAAGAAGCAGAGAUAUACCUAAAUGUGGGGAUUGUAAGUAGAUACAUUGCACUAAGAAUGGAUGGCUUGAUCAUUGAAAACAUGCAUGAUAUCCCCUACUCCUUAUCCGUGGGGCCCGAAGUGUGUGCCUCCAUGACAGCAGUGUGUACCACUGUGAGGGGCCUCUGUCCUACUCUGCCCCUUGGAAUACAAAUACUGUCUGCUGCUAACAAACCCGCCAUAGCUGUGGCUCUCGCUUCAGGUCUAGAUUUCAUGCGAGCCGAGGGCUUUGUGUUUUCCCACGUGGCGGAUGAGGGCCUUUUGAAUGCAUGCGCUGGGGACCUGCUGCGGUACCGCAGGCAGAUAGGAGCAGAGCAUAUCCAGAUCUUCACUGACAUCAAGAAGAAACACAGUUCUCAUGCCCUGACGUCUGAUGUGAGCAUAGAAGAGACAGCGAAGGCAGCCGAGUUCUUCCUCUCAGACGGCAUCAUCGUCACGGGGAUCGCGACCGGGGCGCAGGCAGAUCCACAGGAACUCAAAGCGGUUGCCCUGAGUGUGAACAUCCCUGUGCUGAUCGGCUCAGGAGUGACGUACGACAACGUAGAUCACUACAUGGACGCAAACGCCAUGAUCAUUGGCUCUCACUUCAAGAAGGACGGCCACUGGGCCAAUCCUGUCGACCAAGAGAAUGUCAGGAGAUUUAUGAGCAAGAUCAAGCAACUUCGAGGAUAAGGCUGUUGGGUGGUACUGACUUCUUAUUUCCCCAGGUUGGAAUGUGUCCAAGUGUUUUCCUUUCGUAGAAAAUGUUAUUGUCUUAUGACAGAUGCCUUAUCCCCACCUGCUCCUGUAUUACCUUUAUCACAAUUCACUGCAAGAUGCUAUGGAUACAAAUAACACUAAAUAGUACAAAUUGUUUUUUUUUUACUUUAUAUUUUCUCAAUAAAAUGACACCCAGGCCACAAUUUAAAAAACAAGAUUUAUUCGAUUUUUUUUGUACAUUUUUAUAAAUAUUCACAAAUACAAAACGGCUGUACAUAAUACAAUUUCAUACAUUAUGUAAAGGCUUCAAUGAUGUAACAUGUUAAAAAUAAGAAUCCACUGAAUAUUAUAAAAUGGUAUACAUUCUGUAAUCUUUAAUCAGAAUUAAUUUUAAUUGCAAAGACGUUUAAACAUUAAAAUGACAAGUUAUGUUUCUUCACAUAUCAUAAUUUCUGUUGUUUUGUAUGUUUGGUAGCGUGGCUCAUACAAUGUUCCCGAAAACAUUUGAUGCAUACGGUGAAAGAGUGAAACUGCCGUGUACCAACAAGAGGCAAACAUGUUCAUGCAUACACAAGGAACGUUUGUGUCAUAAUAAUUUUUGGUAACCAUAACCAAUAAAGGUUUUUAGAUGUAAUCUGGCUAGCAAACCCAAGUACGUUCAUGUAAAAAAAA